AUGUCUGUUGAUCCAAUGGCCUAUGAGGCCCAGUUCUUUGGCUUCACACCGCAGACUUGCAUGCUUAGGAUUUACAUUGCCUUUCAAGACUACCUGUUUGAGGUGAUGCAGGCUGUUGAACAGGUUAUUCUAAAGAAGCUGGAUGGCACCCCAGACUGUGCAAUUAGUGCAGUCCAGAUUCGCAAGUGCACAGAAGAGUUUCUUUGCUUCAUGAAAGGACGUUUUGACAACCUUUUUGGCAAAAUGGAGCAGCUCUUCUUACAGUUGAUUUUGAGGAUUCCCCCAAACGUCUUGCUUCCAGAAGAUAAAUCUCAAGAGACACAUUCUUACAGUGAGGAAGAAUUCCACCUUCUCCAAAAAGAAAUUGAACAGUUACAGGAGAAGUAUAAGACUGAAUUGUGCACUAAGCAGGCCCUUCUUGCAGAAUUAGAAGAGCAAAAAAUCGUUCAGGCCAAACUCAAACAGACAUUGUCUUUGUUUGAUGAACUUGAAAACGUUGGCAGAGACCAUGGGGCUAGUGAUUUUAGGGAGGGCUUGGUGUUCCUGAUCCAGAACUCCAGAAAACUCCAGAGUAUCAGAGAGAAUGUGGAAAAGGAAGGCAAACGAUUGAAAAUAUCUUGA